CUGGGGAAUAUUUUUAAUGGUUAAUGCACAGUCAAUAAUUGAAAAUAAUUAGGGUGAAAUUCUGAUAUACAAGGACCGAAUGAGGAGAAAUAGUUAACAACAGGUGUGUUUAUUGGAGCCCUAGUUAUUAGUUAUACAAGUUAAAUUUGAUAUAUAUAUUCUUCCUCUUUUUUCUUCUUUUUGUUUACAACCUAUCAUCUUUCUAUUAUGGGUAAUAAUAUGACUACAUUAACUUAUCUAGACUUGUGCAGACGUUUCAAAAUCUUUUGUAAUCUUUUUCCAAAUCUGUUUAAAAUGAUUAAUUCCAUAUCAAUUAGCCCCAUUAAGUACAGAGAUAAUGUAUCUCCUUUUAAUUUCCUCUGAAUUCAAGUAGGUUAGGUGAGAAAGGACACACUAAUAGCCAGGGAAACAAAAACUUUCUUAAGCCUCUUCAGAUGUUGAGUCGACUGACGUAUGAGGAAACCACUUUUCUUUUAUGUAGCAUUCAGUUUUUGUGCUCCGAGUUACAUAAAAUCUUUGUAUUCAGCAUAGCAGAUGGAAUACAUUAGUUGAAAAGGUGUUUUUCAAGUCUUAUUAUGUUGAAAUGCAUGCAGGGUUACGCAACCAGAGCUGUAUUUUUCAUUUCCAUAAGACACAUCAUCCUGUUUCUCUUCCACCUGCGAGAACACACACAAGCUUCUGCACAGCCUCCCACUGAUUUCGGACUUGGUCACCAUGGAGACCCCCUUCAAGUGCAACUGAUGAACCAGUUGGAUUGUAUCGGUCUCUCAUGCCUCUUUUGUGCAGCGCGGUGAUUGUGUAGUGAUGAUUCACUGCUCUGGGGUCAGCGCUUGGUUUGUUCAGGCUGUGCUAAAUGUAGUGUCAUCUGUACAUUAGACGGGAGAUGGGCUUGCUCUUCCCUGUAGACGAGAUCUUCAUGGGUUUUCGAAAGAUGAACAGGCACUCGGCUUCAGAGACCUUGCUGAAGAUCCUGAGGAGGAGGCACAGCUCAGCUGUGGAAGUCUUGAAUUCUUCUUCGCAAAGGAUCAUUGUGGCACUUUGCAUGUCCGAGGCACAGACUGACAUCACAGAUUGUGGAUUGAAUGUCAGAGUACCCACUGCAAAGUACACCAAGGUGGGCGAGACUUUGAGGCAUGUCAUCCCAGGACAUAUGCAGUGCUCCAUGGCAUGUGGUGGUCGAGCGUGCAAAUAUGAAAACCCCUCUCGCUGGAGCGACAAAGAACAAGCCAUCAAAGGACUGUACUCCUCCUGGAUAACUGAUAAUCUGUUAGCCAUGGCAAGACCUUCAACUGAAAUCAUUGAAAAAUUCAACGUCAUCGAACAGUUUCAUGUGUGUGGUUUAAAGACAAUAAUCAACCUGCAGCGUCCAGGGGAACAUGCCAGCUGCGGCAGCACUCUGGAGCCAGAGAGUGGUUUCACCUAUCGCCCAGAGGUUUUCAUGGAGGCGGGGAGUGAGUAGAUCACACACGCACACACACAAACAUACACCUCUUCCUCUCUCAGUAGUCAGGGGAAUCAGGCUGGGAUAAAUCCUUACUAAAUCCUUAGCGUUAUCACAUUAAAUUGUCAGUGUGUUGGACAAGCUAAAAAACCUUUUAUACAUGAUUUGCUUUCUAUACAUGAAGUGGUUGUGCUUGCAGGUGUUGUUCAGCUUCCAGCUUCCUCAGGUUUUGAGGCUUAGGGGGAUUGGCAGCUCUUAACAAGAUCUCCUGAGAGUGGUGCUGUGCUUAUAUAGACAGCACCUUCUGAGAAACUAUGCAAGGCACAAUUUCCAAAGAGCACAGCAUGUCGAAACAUGCAUGAAACGUCUCUCAAAUUAAGGAAGAGUCAGCACUGAUGAGAGAUCCUCUGUGUUAUAUAAUUCAUAUUACCAGUUAUCCAGAAAGGACAGAGUAUGGUUUCACAUAAACAUAUAUUAGUGUUUCUUCAGUUAUUGGCCGCCACAGCGUAAUUCCUUAAUGUGCAUCAAAAAAGACAUGUAAAUUUGCGAUGGGACAACAUAAAGCUAGACCAACCAACAGACCAAUCUCAUUCACAGCAUCUGAAAUGCUAGGUCUAAUGCUAAUUCUAAAAUGAUUGAGCAAAGUCUCGCCAAAUUGCUUCAUUAUAACUCGCAGAACUGCGUUCUUAAACAGCAGGCUCCAAAAAUAAGAUAACAUGAACGCGUUUCGUCUGCGUGAAGCUUGUAAUAUUAAUAAUAUUGUUAAUAUUACAAUCAUUAAUACUAUACAGUUGUAUACAAAAAAUAUUAUAUACCAAUCUCAGGAUAACUGAUCUUCUCUCCUGCAGCAAAUUUAGUUUUUCUCCAUGAUAUUUAGUGCAAGGUAAUCAGGAAGUGACAAUUUUGUUCUCUUUAACUCGCUGGAUGGAAACGGUGCUUUAUACGAUCUUGCAAUUUUGCGCACAAGUUUAAUUCAUAACUUUGGAUGGAAACAUAGUGUGAUUGGACAUGUCACAAAAUAAAAAUUUUGUUUACAAGUGAUAACUUAGUUGUCUUUUUGAAAAAAGCAAGUGCACUAACUUUAAAAGAAGAAAAAAACAUUUUCAAAAUUGUCCAGUGUAGUAAUAAUAACAUAUAUAAUUUCUAUAAUUUUCACACAAAUAUUGAAAUGGUUAAUUUCACUCUUUGAUUAUCAUUGUUUUAAACAUGUAAUAAGACAUGUUUAUGAUUAAUAUUAAUACAGUAGUUUAACAUUGAAAAUCUGGGUUUUGGACAAGGGUAAGACAAAAAAUCACUAAAUAAAGCAAUUUGAGGCCAAAACACGAUGGAGAAAAAAAAUCUUAACAUCAGUUUACAACUUUUGGGACUUAAAUGUGCCAAAAGAAAAUAGCUAUCAAAACAAAUGUAUGUUGUUUGAACUGAAUUUUUUGAAUUGCACUUUUUAGUGGCUUUUUUGUUUCAUCUUAAGAGACAUACAUUUGACUUUUUCCAGUUUAUUUUUACAACUUCGGAUGGAAGGACUAUGGCGUGGCAUCCUUGACUACUAUCCUUGACAUGGUGAAGGUGAUGUCAUUUGCCAUGCAAGAGGGAAAAAUGUCUGUCCACUGCCAUGCCGGACUUGGCAGAACAGGUGUCUUAAUAGCAUGCUUCUUAGUAUUCACAUCCCGGAUGAGUGCAGAUCAGGCCAUUUUGUUUGUUAGAGCUAAACGUCCAAAUUCCAUCCAGACUCGUGGCCAACUGUUGUGUGUGCGAGAGUUUGCCCAGUUCCUGUGCCACGGGCGGAGUGUAUUCUCGUGUGCCGAGCCCAAAGCUCACACGGUCACAUUGUCGCAGUACCUGACUCGUCAGCGGCACCUGCUGCACGGCUAUGAAGCACGUCUCAUGAAGAACGUGCCAAAGAUCGUACACCUGGUCUGCAGGUUGCUACUGGACAUAGCAGAGAACCGGCAAACGGUGGAAGAGGAGGUGUUGGACAUCCCGGACCUCACAGAGGAAGUGGAGAAGACUGUCUCGCUGCAAGCGCUUCAGCAGUUAGGGAAGGAGAUGAGGGGCAAAGGGAUUCCCAUAUCCUCACCUCGCUCUCCCGACCAACCCAGCCAGUGUGAUCCACCUCAUGACCGUCCACUCUGUAGCGACCAGGAAUUUGAUGUGCUGUGGAGAUGGCCAACGGUAGACAAUACCUACAAGUCUCAGCUCAUCUUGAGGAAAUGUUUUAGCUAUAGCGACUCCGCCUUGCACAAACUGGAUUCCAGGGUGCAGGUAGCUCUCGGCAGCAAAUCUGGGUUAAACUUUACAGAGGUUUAUGUGUCGCAGAGCAGAUUAGCUACACAAACCCCUGACCUUCUGCCAUCCCCGUUGACAUCUGAAAUCAACAACAGUCCCAAACAUGGCUCUUUAACUGGUUCCUGUAGCUCUCUGGUGCAAUCCAAAAAAGUCGGAGGCCAAGCAUCCUGCUCUCCUGUCUCCAUAAAACGGGUACCUCUGAAGGAGGCGAAGCGCAGCAUGUCCUAUGGGUUUUUAGGGAGGACCAGUGACAGCAUGUUUUCCAUGUGUCAAGGUGGUAAAAGUCACCCCAGCCCUAAUGAAAACACAAGCUCUGAAGUCACACAACAACUGACAGACGUUCCUACUCUGACUCUUCAAAGUGAACUCCCACCUGAGACUCGUCGACUGUUUGUGGCCAAAGUUCUGACGAUGGACAUCGAUGGAGAUGACCUCAGGAACACAGUCUCAAUGUGGCAGACAGAGUUGAACUCCCGUGAGGGUGCAUGGGAGAGGUUGUGCACCGAGAGAGACCCUGUGGUGCUCUCCACGCUCAUGUGGUCUUGGCUAGAACAACUCAAGGAGCCAGUCAUCACAAAAGAGGAUGUGGAGACUUUGGCUGGAAACAGAUUCAAUCCCCAGCAUGCUCUAAAUUCACUGGACAAGGGACAAAAACAAACCCUUCUGUGUAUUCUUGACUGUGUUGCUCAUUUGCUUAAAAUACCAGAAGAAGUUGAGAAUGCCUUUUUUGAACGCACAAUCAAAGCAUUCACUUGGAUUCCCUUAGAUUCAGAGAAUGGACAGUUUAUCUGUAAGACUCUGAAAGACGUCAUGAUCCCUGUCAUUCAUGAUUUGAGAACAAAAGCAAUGGAGGAGCUUGAGCUGACCUGCCACUGUUCCCAUGUACCCUGAUCAAGAUGGUGGGAAACUGAAAUCUGGAGUCUACUGUAAUUUUAUAGUUGAAAAAGAAACAAACACAAAUACACAAGCUAACAGAUUUACUAUUGUUUUUUUGUUUUUUUUGUUUGUUUGUUUGUUUUUUGACCACUCAUUCAAAAAGUGUAUUUUAUUGUCUUUUGAGAUAACAAUAAUUACUGCCAUACGUGUAUGUGCCACAAGGUUUUGUUAGGCUAUUUUUCUAUUUUGUUUUUCUUAAUAGUUUAUUUUUGAUACACAAUAUUUAUUAGCUAACUUAGGAAACUAUUUAUUAAUAAGUAAGUCAUGUAUUUAUUUUGAUGCUUUUGUUUGGCUCUAACGAACUGAGGAUUCUCAUGAAAAUAUGUUUUGUCAUAUAAUACUGUGUGAAUAGUAUAAUAUUAGAUGUACUUCAUUAUUUACUAAACCAAAUAAUAUCACUGUGCAGCAUCUCAUCUUUAACGUUUUUACUGAAUGAAGCAAACUGACAGAUUUGCUGAUUAUUGCCUUUGCAAUUUGUAUUUGUAAAAGGUUUGUAUUUAAGGUACGAUAGAGGACAACUGAAUGCUUUCAUUCAUAACGCAAUGCAGUUUACAUUAGGAAUAGCUCAGCAUGGCCUCAGCAUAAUCUGAGAAUGUAUCAAUACAAUUCCUGCUAAAAUGAAGCAAAAUAAUGCUCUGUAGUCAGGCUUUUGCAGGAUGCUUUUUGCCUUUUAUUGGCAUUAUUUAUAACUAAGCUGCUUCUUUAACUUAAAAAGAACAAAUAUGAAGGAAUAUGUACAAAUAUGUUUGUCAUGUGGUGUUUUAGUACUAGAUAACACUGUGUUAAAACUGACCUCAUUUGUCAACUAAAAUGUUAUCAUUGUCUUUUUAAGUAAGUAUCAUGUAGCCAGCAGAAUAGGUUUAUUCAUUCAUGUUUAUAGAAGAACUGCAAAAUGUUUUCUUGUCAGAUUCCUAAAGACUUUUUGUGGAUUUUCCAAAGCACUGCAUAUUUUUUAUUUGUUACAUUUUCAUUCAAGUCUAUAAAAUGAACAUUAUGAAUGUUACCUUUGUCACACUUUCUUAUUAACAUCCUACUUCAACUUUGCCUUCAUUAAGCAAGUGUCUUUAUUAAACUAAUAAAUCAUGUUUA